GGGGAGGGAAAGGGGGGAAAAAAAGAAGUGAGAAGUGAGAUCGACUGGAACGGCGGUGGAGGAGAGGCCAGAGAGAUUGCGCGGAGGAGAAGGUCUGUUUGUUGUAUGCAGUCCCUCUAACACUCAGCGUAAACGAGAUGGGGCAACGGCGGCGGCGGUGGAAUGGAGGUGCAGCCCCAGCGCAGCUGAAUGUCAGGCCGGUGCCUGAGAUCUGGAUUUAGGAUAUGGGCAUCAGUGGAACGGCUGGCAUCUUCCCAUCCCUUGUUGUCUUGAAGGUGGUAUUGAACCUCCUUCUUGAACCGAGUGAUGUUCUAGGCUAUUUCAACGGGCAGUUAAGAAUUGGUAUGGAACUGGAAUCCCUUAUAGGCCAGACCAGAUUCCAAUCCAGCAUUGAAAACUGGUGUGAGCAACGAUGACUGAAUAUGGAAUAAAGUGGGCUUGUGAAUAUUGCACAUAUGAAAACUGGCCCUCUGCAAUCAAAUGUACCAUGUGUCGUGCGCCAAGACCUACUGGCACUAUAAUUACUGAAGAUCCAACCAGGGGCAGCUCAAGUGAUUUGAAUCAAGUCUGGGAUACCCCAAGUAUAGAGGGUGGCAGCAGCCCUUUGAUUUGUCCAGACUCUAGUGCUAGACCAAGGGUUAAAUCAUCCUACAAUUCAGAAAGUACAAGCAAGUGGUCAUGCCACAUGUGUACAUAUCUGAAUUGGCCAAGAGCAAUAAGAUGCACUCAGUGUUUGUCCCAACGUCGGACUAGAAGUCCUACAGAAUCCCCCCAGUCAUCUGGUUGUAUUUCAAGACCAGUUCAGGCUUCUCAGGAUCCAUGUGAAGAAUAUAAUGACAGGAACAGACUGAAUACAAAAGCAUUGCAUUGGACGUGCACAGCUUGCACAUACGAGAACUGUCCCAAGUCUCGGAAGUGUGUAGUCUGUGACUACCCUAGACCUAACAAUUUGGAAGCAAUUGAAUUUACAGAGCCAGAAGAAGCUUCAUCAUUAAUAAAUGAGCAGGAUAGGGCUCGAUGGAGGAGCAGUGUUGGUGGUGGUAAUAGCCAAAGGAGAUCUCCUCCUGUACCUAAACGUGAAUCUGCGAUGAAAAUGGACUUUCAGAGGAUUGAGUUGGCACCUGGGGCAGUAGGCAGUAAAGAAGAGUUGGAAGUGGACUUCAAAAGACUCAAACAAAUAAAGAACAGAAUGAAAAGAUCAGACUGGCUGUUUCUCAACGCUUGUGUUGGAGUCGUAGAAGGGGAUCUGGCUGCAGUAGAAGCUUACAAGUCAUCAGGAAGUGAUAUUGCUCGGCAACUUGUAUCAGAUGAAGUGCGCUUGUUGAAUCGUCCUUCAGCUUUUGAUGUAGGUUACACCCUAGUACACCUUGCUAUCCGUUUUCAGAGACAGGACAUGUUGGCAAUUUUGUUGACGGAGGUGUCUCAACAAGCUGCCAAGUGUAUACCUGCUAUGGUAUGCCCAGAGCUUACUGAACAGAUACGUCGUGAAAUAGCUGCAUCCCUUCAUCAACGCAAGGGAGACUUUGCCUGUUACUUCCUCACUGAUCUGGUGACAUUUACAUUGCCUGCAGAUAUUGAGGACCUGCCACCAUCAGUGCAGGAAAAGUUAUUCGAUGAGGUGCUUGAUCGGGAUGUACAGAAAGAAUUGGAGGAAGAAUCACCUAUUAUAAAUUGGUCCUUGGAGCUAGGAAGCCGGCUGGAUAGUCGAUUAUAUGCUCUUUGGAACCGCACAGCAGGUGACUGCUUGCUUGAUUCGGUGCUACAAGCAACGUGGGGUAUUUACGAUAAAGAUUCGGUUCUUCGGAAAGCUCUUCAUGACAGCUUGCAUGACUGUUCACACUGGUUUUACACACGCUGGAAAGAAUGGGAGUCUUGGUACUCCCAGAGUUUUGGGUUACAUUUCUCGCUGCGAGAAGAGCAGUGGCAGGAGGACUGGGCAUUCAUUCUUUCCCUUGCCAGUCAGCCUGGAGCCAGUCUAGAACAGACUCACAUCUUUGUUCUGGCUCACAUUCUUCGCCGACCAAUUAUAGUUUAUGGAGUGAAAUACUACAAGAGUUUUCGUGGUGAGACUCUAGGGUACACACGAUUUCAAGGUGUGUACUUGCCUUUGCUUUGGGAACAGAGUUUCUGUUGGAAAAGCCCUAUUGCUCUGGGGUACACUAGGGGCCACUUCUCCGCACUGGUCGCGAUGGAAAAUGUUGGCUAUGACAAUCGAGGUGCUGGCGCCAACCUAAAUACAGAUGAUGAUGUCAACAUUACCUUUUUGCCACUGGUGGACAGUGAGAGGAAGUUAUUGCACAUACACUUCCUUUCGGCUCAUGAGAUUGGUAAUGAGGACCAGCAGGAGAAGCUACUAAGGGAAUGGCUUGACUGUUGUGUCACUGAGGGUGGAGUUCUUGUUGCACAACAAAGGAGCUCUCGCCGGCGCAACCAUCCAUUGGUUACACAAAUGGUGGAGAAGUGGUUAGAUCGUUAUCGGCAGAUACGACCAUGCACCUCUCUUUCAGAUGGUGAGGAAGAUGAGGAGGAAGAUGAUGAAUGAAACAGAGUUUCUGAUGGAGUCACUGGCAUUACUUUGCUGAGAAGCCUGCAGAUUGGACUCUUCUGGUUUGACGUGCAUCAUGGAAAGUUUGGAUACCAAAUAGAAGUCACAUUUGAGGUCUGAUCUUUGGCAGCAAAAAAAGGCUGAUCUGUUUUGCCAUGUUGAAAUCAGAACUGGCGUGGUUGGACAACAAUAAACUAUGAAUGCUAAAUUUACUUUAAUGUUAAGAGAAAAAGCUUUUUUUCCCCCAAACUGUACAUCCUUAGCUAUAAAUGUACUGCAUGUGGUUGUGUAAGAACUUGUGUAACAGGGAAAGAGGUAUACCAGCAUCUAAAAAUAACAACUUAUAUUGGUUUCCUAACAAGGGCACUUAAAAAAAAAAACUCCUUAUUUUAAAUUCUGGUUUGUUCCUUCAAGAUUUAUUUUAUUAUAGCCAUUUUUGGUCUGUAGCCAAUGUUUUUAAAAUACUGGUGCAUGUGUUCUUUUGAGAGAGAUUUUAAUGCCAAAUUAUGUUGCUGAGGGUCGGGUGACAGGUUGUACACUGGGAUUUGAAGAAUAAGGGGCAUCAUGGGUGGCAAAAACCAUGAGAACAAGUGCAUAGGUAUUCUUUUGAAUACUAUAAUGAAGUAAAAUCUCUAAGGAACAAAAUAGAGAUGUUGGGUUGUGUUGGAAAGUGUUCACCAAAGUAUUGUCUUUGUUUCUGACUUUUUAAGAGACUGUUACUCUAUAUAGUAUGGAGAUGGCAAAUUAUUGUUUUAAAGUUUGCAGACAUCAUAGAUGUUCUCAUCUUCACUAAUGUUCACUACUACAAACCUAGUUUAGAUCCUGAACUCUGGCAGUAAUUCUAUUCUGAUAAUCCUAUUUAUUUAAAGUGACCUGGAGACAUGAGGUACUUUUUUCCCAUAAAAUUAAGUUCCGAACCAAUUGCGUGGAUUUUGUUGAUUGUUUACUCAACCCCAAUGAAGAAUUUCAUGUUGCACAAAUACAUACUCUUGCUGUGAAAAUGUUGCUGAAUGUGCUGUUGACUUUUUUGUCUAUGCAAAUACUGUGCACCACUGCUAAGCCAAAGGUUUCCACUUAAUAAGGUCAUUAUAUUGCAGUUGCAUGUGUCUCACUUAAAUUUUAUAAUUCUGUUUGGAACACUUUUGAACUUUACAGGAAAUACUUUCUCUUGGAAACAUUCUAGGCAUCUUUUAUGCAAAUUGAGUUAUCUAUGUAAUCCCUAAUGUUCAGUACUUGUCACAUCAGCAGCCAUACAGAUUAAACUACAUUGAUGUGAAAUAUUUAGAUGAGUUAUUUAAUGAAGAAAAUUUCAGCUUUAUAUUUCAAAGGGUAAAAAUGGAAAUGUAAGCAAAAUAUACAUCGGUUACAAAGUAAUAUCAAAAUUAGGAGUACUUUUUUUAAAGAAAAGUGUUUUCUGGAAGUGCCACAAAAUCUCCCCUCAGGUUUGAGUUAAAUUCCUUGUAUGGCUUUGAGGCAAUAGUGUAUAAUUUUUAGUUGAGGUAUAUCAGGUACUAGUUUCUGUGCCUCCCCCUUUUUUUUUUACUGCUAUGCAUUAAUAUUUGCAAACAAUAAGCCUUUGUACAACACAGUAUCGUAAGAUGAUGCAUCAUAUAGAGUGCUGCACCACAAAUGGUGAAGAGAACUGGAUUGUAAGUGUGAUAUGAGAGGCAUACUUUUUAAAAGUAAUCUGAACAUGGUUAGGCCACAAGUGUGAUAAUUCCAACGACACUAUCCAUAUUGUAAAUGCACAAUUUCUUUUACUAUAUCUGCUCAGUAGGGAAGAGAAGAGGUCUACAGUAUCAUGCCUCUAGAAAUGUUUCUUCUGUUCUCUCCAGACAGGUGGGCAGUAAGCUCUUGGUAAGUUUUUAAUUGUGAAAAAGAGCCUGUAAAUCUAACCACAUUCUCUUAGAAUCAAAUUAUUUGAUUAAAAUGUGUUCAGGUUUGUAUGGAAAAGUGGUCAACAGUUAAUCUAGAUCCCUUGAAGAUUCAUGAAAUAUCAAUGUCAGUGUGUCAUUGAGGUCAUAUGAAAUUUAUUAAAUCUAGGCAUGUAACUAAAUGGUACAAUUUUAAUUUUUGUUUGUAACGUGUACUUGAGAUUGUGUAAACUAACAUCCAUAAUUUUAUCAGAGGAGCUGUAUGAAAUGAAUCUGUUGAUAAAAGAAGAUGCAAACAAAUAUGAACUCCUGAAGGGGCACAAAAUAUAAAUUAACCUAGAAGCCUUUUGGAUGUUGCUGUCUGGCUGACUACCCUUGGGUUAAUAUCAUUUUUCAAAUUUCAAAAAUAGUUCUCAAAAUACCUGGUUAAAGUUGAAUUUCUAAGUUCGUAUAAUGAAUUAUUUAGCUAAAACAGCUUCAGUAAUGCUGAUUCAUUGGAUAUCUUUUCACUAUCCAGUUUUGUUUUUGAGAUCCUUGUCAAGAUAAUUUAUUUUGAAAAUGAAUAUUAUUCCUGAAUACCUUCCUCCUUUUGAGUAGUUUAUGUUCUGGGGAAAAUAUUGAAAUAUGUGCAAAAAUUAAACAAUUACAUUUUUCUCAUCAUUCUUCCAUGAAACAUAGGAGUGACUGGCCAGGUAUCCUUAAUUCACCUGGAAUUGAGGUGCUUGCAGUUCUAGUUCAGAGGACAGUUAAGCGUCAUCUUGAGUUCCAUUAAGGCCAGAUUGGAUCAGGACUGUAAUUAUAUUUUGCUAAAGAACAUGAAUGAACAAUCUGUGGUCUUAUCAGCAAUGUUGAGAUGAGCUUUCGAUUCCAGAUUUAUUUAACUUUCACCAACUGUCAGUAGUACGGUUUGAACCCAUGUCCUUGGAACAUUAGCUGAGCCUCUGGAUGAUUGGUGCAGUGACAUUACCGCUAUGUCACUCCCUUUUCUGAUAUAUUAAUUGGUAUAUUAGAAUAGAGCAGGAAGUAAUUUGAGCGUAAUCAUUGUUCAGAUCAGUAAUUGUGUUAAGUUGGAUGUCGCAUUUGAUGAGAAGUAGAAUUUGUUUGAGCUGAACAGGUGACAGCAUAGUUAAGGGAACAAAAAAAGUAGCUAACCUGUUGGCACUUCACCUGUCUGUAUCUCCCUUCUCCAUCCCAUCCCCUGAUUAUUUCAUGAAGAGGGCAAAUGUACUGUAUUUGUUGAGUACUGUUAGACCAACGAGGAGGUUGAUGUGAAGUUAGGGGAGUAGGGAAGAGUUGGUCACCUGUUUGUAAAGCUACCAGCUAUUGGGUCAAGCUGUUGCCCUAAUCAGCUUACAUAGUUUUGUCUUGAUGUUAUACUUCAAGUUUCACCUUCUGCACAUCAUGUUGGUGAUCAUUUUUUUAUCCACCUAUUUACUGCUAAUCAACACUUAUAAGCAUUUUAGAACCACAAUACAUGUCAUACUCAAGGUUUCUCAAAUAUCAGCCUGAGGUCAAAGUUGAUGUGAAUAAAUGGAACAAACUAGUUUCUGCCCUCAGUGAAAGGGGUGUUAAAAGCCUUUCAUCGGGACUUGUGAAUGGUGAGAUGCAAAUUUUCCUAGUGAUGGUAGUCUUUCAGUCAUAAACUGAGUAGAACAAAUGGAGGUAUAAUACAGUGCAGGUGGAAGUAGACCCAAUGCCAUAACUAGAUUUGGGUGCUACAAGAAUUAGACUGGAGGAGAGAACAUUCACUUAUCAAAAAUCAAUCCAUUUUUGCAUCUGAAAGUUCAUGAGCAUUUCCAUUUACUACAAUAAAGAGUAUUUUUUAAAAUCAGACCAGAAUGGAAUCUACAAGGUAGAUGUGAAUGUGAUUGAAACAUGUAUAAGUUAUUAAUACAAAUCUGCAGUUUGAGAUGAGAACACAUUGUGAUAAAAACGAGUAUAAAGUAAUUGAGAAAUGAAUGUUGUUGGGAAUGCAUUGUCUAUAAAUAA